UAUGAACAGUGUGCUUCAGGAAGAAGUUGGCGCCUGAAGCUGUGUGUUCGGUUAGCUAGUAUCCUAGCUGAGAUUAUGAACGAAUUACCUACUCGUAUUGAGUUUUCUUUCCAGUGUUAUUGAAGAAUUCCAAAAAUGAACGACAUGGAAUUCAGUGUGCCCCUGUCCUCGCUGGCUCUCCUGGUCCCACCACUCCGUCUGAUGUCUGCUGUGAUGUGGGAAGUGGUGCGCCAGCGGAACAUAAAGCACUAUGGGAAACUGGAGGAGUUUGUGUCCAUGGUAACAGAUGCAGUUCCUGAACUGAUGAGUAAGAGAGAAGGGAGGCUGCUCUCACUGGGCCUCAGGGCAAGGACAACUCUUGAACUGCUGCGUUCUGAACACCCCGAAGAUCUCAAGGCUGUUGAGAGCCACCUUAACCGAAUCCGAUCUUCCUGCAUCGAGGAGACUAAUGAUCCUGUAAUUGAAGCACCAGAGGCAAACUUUAUGAAGUUGGUUCAAGGCCUCAUUGAAGACACAGAUGGCAGAGAACACUUUCUGAAGAAUGUGUUUCCUGUGGAGUACGGCCCCGACUUUGAUACAGCACUCGAGACCCUAGUUUGUGAGUUUUUCACAAGACUUGAGGAACUGCUGCCAAUACCAGAUUUCAAACAGACUGCGUCCUGGAUUAGUGCUGCCCCCUCUGUCCUAGAGGAGUAUAUGCAGUGUGUGUCAAACGGAGAUGACCUUAAAUUUCUACUCCAGAGUAAACAGUGCCACGGGAAAUUAGCAAAGAGCAGUGUCGCUCCAUUUCAGUCAGAUGAUCUUCUGAUCCCCUCUUUGUCUCUCCCUCCAUCUCUGGAAGUAGCCAUCGCUUCCCACCCGAGUGCUUGUGAUGAUGAAAAUAAUGAUGUCCCUCAGAUUGUCAUGUUCGAUGAAGAGUUGUCCACAAACCCUUCCACCUCAGCUGACUUUCCCGAUUCUCCAAAAAGGGACGAUAUUUCUUCAUCUCCACACAGGAGACAGCAUUCAGGAAUCCAUAAAUGCCCAGAGUGUGACAAGUGCUUCAAGCAUCACUCAGUCCUCAUUGAACAUCAAAGAGUCCACAGCGGGCUACAGCCCUACAACUGCUCUGAGUGCGGGAGGGCUUUCAGAACAGCCACCCUGCUUGCUGGUCACAGGCUGCGAAAAUGCAAAAAUGCUGCAUAUCUUUGUAUUAAGUGUGGGAACAGUUUUCCAACCUCUCUGGACAAGUUCAGACAUCACUGCCCGAAACGUGGGCGGAACUACAACUGUGGGCAGUGCGGAAAGUGUUUUCCAAAGUCUAGCAGCCUGAAGGAACAUCUGCUAACUCAUGUUCAAAGCCGCCUUUUCAAGUGUAGCCAUUGCGGAAUAGGUUUUUCAGGAAUAGGUGAUCUCAAGUAUCAUCAGCAAGUAGAUCAUGAGAAGCCUUAUCAGUGUAAGCAAUGUGGAAAGAGCUUUAUCUCUUCAAAGAGUCUGGAUAAACAUCGACAAAGGCAUGAAGAGGUUGGUGAAAUGGACACUGCCAAAUUAAUAAGUGGAGAUAAACAUAGGAAAAGUGGCUCAAGCCAUCGGACUUCAUCAGUCUCUCUGUCCUCCAGGAAAACUGUCAAAGCAGUCUACCCACGGGGAAGAGUCACCCAUAACUGUCCACUGUGUGGAAGGAGCUUUAAAUAUCGUUUUGAGUUUCUUGAACACCAGAGGUUCCACACAGCAGUGAAGCCUUACAAAUGCUCUCAGUGUGGGAAAGCCUUCCGCACAGAGGCUCACCUGUCUGGGCACAGGAAGAGAAAGUGUAAAAAUGCUGCCCACAUUUGCACCAAGUGUGGGUGUCAGUUCAGGUCCCUGCAUGAGCGUGUCAGACACCAGUGUGUUCAGUUGCUGACAAAAUAUGAAUGUUCUCAUUGUGGAAAGACCUUCAAGAUGGCCCAUCUGCUGAGGAACCAUCAGAUGAGUGAACAUCAGCUUCCCUACAGCCCCAACCAUCGCUUCAGGUGUAGAUACUGUGAUGAGACCUUUCCUGGGAUCAGUGAGCUCAAGUACCAUCAGAGAGUUGACCAUGAGAAGCCGUAUCAGUGUCAGGAAUGCGGCAAAUGUUUUCUGUCUGAAAAAUGCCUGGCCAAUCACGAGCUCCGCCACAAUGAUGACAGACCAGAGAGCUGCCUGGUCUGCGGGCGUGGCUUCAGGAACCGCUACGAUUUGAAGCAGCAUAUGCGCACUCACACAGGGGAGCGGCCUUACCAGUGCACGCACUGUUCACAGUGUUUCUCCACAGCUGGAGGACUGAGGAGUCACACCAGGGUUCACACGGGUGAGAAACCGCACGUUUGCCCAGACUGUGGGAAAGCGUUUUCCCAGAUGGGUGCAAUGCGCACCCACAGGCUCACCCACACAGGAGAGAGGCCGUUCAAGUGCACAGUCUGUGGCAAAGGUUUUACAAUGGCACACAAAGUAACAGUUCACAUGCGUGUGCACACAGGAGAGCGACCGUACGUGUGCUCUGAGUGUGGGAAAGCCUUCUCAGACGGAAGCGUGCUAAAGCAGCACAUGCUGAACCACUCAGGGGUGCGACCGUAUCACUGCCAGAUCUGCCCCAAGACAUACACCUGUCUGAACCACCUGAGGAGGCACCUGAAAAGUCACUCAAACAUGAAUUGAACCGGGCAUGAAGGAAAACUAAGAAAUGUUUAAUGGACCAACUAAACCAAGCAAUACAGGAAUCAUGCUGAUUGGUUACAACCAGCACAAAUUGUUCCUCUCUCUCUUUUCCCAUCAGGCUUUGGUUGUGUUUUUUUUUUUUUUUUUUUUUUUCCUUCUGUACAUCAGUUUCUUAUGCCUGAAUGCAUUGAGAUGUUAUGUUGAACUCUAUUUUUUUUUUUUUUAAUAUAUAUAAUUUUCUAGAGCUCACUAAUACUCAGAGAUACAUAUUUUUCUGGACUUCUGUUUAUUGAUCCUGAUUCUUAGCUACCACAGUUGGAUGUGACCACACUUGGACUCAGCUUUGGUUCGCUGCACAUGUGAAGACGAUCAGGGAACCAUGAUUAACUGACUGAGACAGCCUGUAGCUGAGUUCAUGAUAGUAGUUAUGGGACUGCUUUAGUUGCUAAGAUUCAACACUGCCCCCUAAACAUCACAAUCCCGUGCAACUAAACUGACAGUUGAGUUGUAAAAGAACGCACUUACAGUCAAAUGUUCAGCAGAGAUUAAAAAUUAAAACAAUAGAAAGUUCAGUGUAAAUAAGUUGGAUGAAUAGAAAGUGUGGAUGUAGUUAUAUUUCUAGGGAGUUGCGCAUCCGGUUACAAUGUAGGGUUUUAGGUUUACGCAUCACUGCGGUGUACACUUAACACAGCUAGAGCCAUAAACGGAAGAGGCAUAAUCUGCAAGACUUUAAGGAGUCAGAAAAUGUGACUCCUGUCUUGGAACUUUUAGCUAUUCACUUAGUUCCUUUUAAUUUUUUUUUUUCAGUUUUCACUGGGUGUUUUGAUUAGUAUCAGACCCAAAAAUACUUGGAUAGGUUUCAAAAUAAACAUCUUGGUUUGGGUUUAAAUUGGCCCUUUCACAAUUGUAAUCCCAUUAGAAGCUUCUCCUCCCUUUUCUAGAUCACAAGUAACACCAUAUCUGAUGAACUGGUUCCCUGAUGUAGUCGUAAGAAGGCAGAGGCGACUGUAUAGAAUGCAAUUUGUUGUAUGAAGGGUGUAAUUUUUAGCAGGUAAGACUCACUGGUUAGAAAUGGAUAUUUACAGUAAGUAUGUUGCAGUGAAAUGAAGCCAGAGUAUAUUAAACACAGCUGUCCUGUCUCACAGAACCACAGCAGAUUGGGAUCCUGUGUGGAUUCACGAUGCUUUCUUGGCUAAUGUUAACAGAACAGUUGGAGCUAAGAACGCAUCGUGUGAAGUGUCACUUCAUCUCUCUUUUCUGAAGUGCUGCCAGAGCAUUUGUGCAUUUAUAUCUGCUCUCCACAAACACCAGCUCUUCACAUGGAUCAGGGGAACAUUAAAAGUAGUUCAGAAAAUAUUUGGUCACUGAGAUUAUUGUGUGUGUGUGUGUGUGGGGGGGGGGUGUUCUUUUAUUUAGAAGAUGUACUGUAUGUUCAAAAGUUGUAACACUGAUGAAAUUUUUUGGGGUUUUUUUUUGGAAAAGGUCGUGAAAGUUACAGAAAUGUUAAAAUGUUCUCUGUAAAUAUGCUGGACGAUAAAUAACUGUGACUAAAAGUUAAAAAGCUGAUUUUGUUUAUUU